CGAAAAAGUUAGAUUUGUAGAACAGAGAAUUAGGGAAUUGUGGAAAUUUAUAAACAUAGGAUUAAAGAUAAGUAAAUGUGUAGAUGAAAAAGGUGUUGUUAUUUGGGUUUUAGGGUACAAUUUAGGUUUGGAAUCUUUGAUGGGGAAAACUGGAUUGGCUCCCCAUUGAUUAAACCAGUGUCAUGGAAAAAACAGUUUAAAAUUUUAUAUAUCUCUACGAAGGAAACAGGAAGCUGUUCCUAUCCUUUUCAUUGUAUUAGUAAAUAUUUUAAAAAAAGUUUAUAAACCCAAAUUUCAGAUAUAAAACUUGUGCCUCACCUGGAUUUAUAAUUGUACAUAUUUGUUCAUUUAGUGCAAAGCACCUCUUGUUCUACUCUGUUUUGCUCCUCAAUUAUAUGUUGAUCGAUAAUAGUCUUCUUGAACUUGAAUUUUACCUCAAUAACUUAUUUUUUUUGAAAAACAAAACUUUUUUUAAAUAAAAAUGGAAGUAGAUUACCUUAAUCUAGAUCCUCAUGAAGAGGCGAAGAAACAUAAAUUAAAGCGCCUUGUACAAGGCCCCAACUCCUUUUUUAUGGAUGUUAGGUGCCCCGGAUGCUUGACUAUCACUACAAUCUUCAGUCAUGCACAAACAGCCGUUAUCUGUGGAAGCUGUAACAUUGUUCUGUCUGAGCCGACGGGAGGGAGAUGUAAGCUUACAAAGGGUUGUUCAUUCCGUAAAAAGGUUGAAUAAUUAGCCCAGCCACAAGUGUAACUGAGGCCAUACCC